AUGCCGAAUGAAUCUCGAUUUUACGUGGAGGUAAGCUGAAAUACGCAGGAAAGCGCUAAUAGCUAUUAGGUAUUAGGGACGUUAUAGCAACCAGCUAGAAAACUGUGCCAGCUUAACAGUACAGGUUUAUGAACGUUUUUGAUUUUCCUCUCCAUGUUUUCUCAUACACCUGAACUUUUCUACACUGCUGUUUGAGUAUGCUUAAAUUCACACACAAUCGGCUUAGGAUUUCGAGAACGUGUGUUUUCCGUCUACAUGCUGUAUGGUGUCACGGUUUCAUUUAUUACGCCCAUGUGCCUCAAUCCUUUUUAGUCAACUGCCACAAUCAAUUCUUAUUCCCUGAUCGUAUCUCGCCAGAGCAACAAGCUCUACUAGCCGACUUCAGCUCGGAACUUUCAGGACUUCACCCAAAACACUCUCCAAUGUACAAAAACUGACACUGUAGAGGGCUUUAUUUUACGUGAGUCUGCACAAAUAUUUACCUUUGCUGUUUUUAUCAUACUUUUUUGCUGCCCCUUUUUCGUAGGAAAAGCAACGUCCCUCACUGAGAGUUAAGUUAUCCCUGUGUCUAUUGUUUUUUUUUUGUAGUUUAAAUUUCUAUCUACACUACCAAGGGCACUAAAUGGCUCGAAUCCAUGAUGAAGAUGGUGUAACCGUUUGUCAGCAAAAAUAGUUAGUACACGUCCCUCUCUACCGACGACCCCCUAUCCGCAAAUCAUUGCAACUUUCUCUCUCUCUCUAUGCCAGCACGUCCCACGGCCUUCACCUGCAUAUGUCCACUACGCAGCUAUCCCGACUGGUUGUCUAUCGGACAUGUUGGCGUCAAUUUCCCAUUCAGACGGAACAUCCUGCCGUUGUAAAUCACCUUUCUUUAUGCCAUUUACCGUUUUUCUACAUACCGAACGCAUUUUUUGCAUACAUUUUGCACCUGUUUAUUGGUUCUUCCUUCUUACAUGAUGAGUACGAUGCGCGCCUCACUACCUUGUUCAGCCAGUCUUAGGUCAGUUAUCUUUAGAGCUUAUCGUCACGCCGUGUGUACUAUUCUCAACGUCUUCAGCCGCUACACCACCUGUCAGUUUAUUUGGGCAGCUGCUAAGGUCUGACCGCAUCAUUCGUUUGGGUCUCUCAGGGGGCUUAUCAUAGUUGUGUGGACCAGCAGCUGAAGAAGACGAAUAUAUAUCAAGAGCAUGGAACUGCCAAUAGCAAGUCGCAAUCAAAGAUAUGAAAAUAAUAAUGUAUCAGGCGGCAUAUUGGCUCCCAUAAUCUGUUAUUAUUGGAGGAAUGGUCGGCUGUUUCAUGUAAUCCGUUAUACACCGCUGCAUGCACGUUAGUCCUGCCCGCGUUUUUGUCUUAUCAUGAGCCACAGUUUUUUUUUCCUGUAAAGUAAAUCCAAUCAUUUUUUGAAUUCUUAAAUGGAGUUUUUUCCACUUCUCGUUCGUUAUCUUUUUCAAGGAACUACUUAUUCAGAAACUAUGAAUUACAUUUUGUACAGAUUCUGCCUACCUCAUCUAAAAUUCAUUUGAAUAUUCAUUUUUACUUGCUUUGCUGGGACCCCGAUGAAUCUGUAAAAAAAAAUAUUUAUUUAUGUGAUGAUGAUGAUGAUGAUGAUGAUGAUGAUGAUGAUGAUGAUGAUGAUGAUGAUGAUGAUGAUGAUGAUGAUGAUGAUGAUGAUGAUGAUGAUGAUGAUGAUGAUGAUGAUGAUGAUGAUGAUGAUGAUGAUGAUGAUGAUGAUGAUGAUGAUGAUGAUGCUGAUGAUGAUGAUGAUGAUGAUGAUGAUGAAUGGUCUUGUAUAGGCAUAUGA